AGUCUGAUGGUUCGCUCCUUUGAGGCGGAAGUAGAGAGAGAGAGAGAGAGAGAGAGAUGAAAUUGUGUGUUUAUCCGCUGUAUAGUGUUUAUGAGUGAGUGUUUGUGUGUGUUCGCCGUGUCAGCGGGUCAGUAUGAGGCGGAGAGAGAAGCGGUUGUUGCAGGUUGUGGUGUUGAUCAUCGCCGCGCUGCUUUUCUUCCACAGCGGCGCUCUGAGGAACUCAAACACCGGAAACACGGAGCUCUCACACACACAGGAAUUGCUCCAGAGGGAGACGCUUGGUGACAGUCAGAGGAGGAAAGACUGGCAUGACAAUGAGGCCAUAAAGAGAGAUGCAGCAAGAACAGGAAAUGGAGAGCAGGGCAAACCGUUCCCACUAACCGAUGCUGACCGAGUGGAUCAGGCUUACAGAGACAACGGCUUCAACAUUUACGUCAGCGACAGAAUCUCACUCAACAGAUCACUGCCUGACAUCCGCCACUCAAACUGUAAAAACAAGCUGUAUGCUGAGAAUCUCCCCAGCACCAGUAUCAUUAUUCCAUUCCAUAAUGAGGGCUGGAGUUCGUUACUGCGAACUGUACACAGCGUUCUGAACCGCUCGCCCCAGCAGCUCAUCACCGAGAUCAUCCUCGUAGAUGACUUCAGUGACCGAGAACACCUAAAGGCCCCACUAGAGGACUACAUGGCUCGGCUGCCGAAGGUGCGCAUCAUUCGCACUCAGAAGCGCGAGGGUUUGAUCAGGACCAGACUGCUGGGAGCAUCACUCGCUACAGGACAAGUCAUCACCUUCCUCGACUCGCACUGUGAGGCUAACGUCAACUGGCUGCCUCCACUGUUGGAUCGUAUUGCUCAGAAUCGUAAAACAAUCGUAUGUCCAAUGAUUGACGUCAUCGAUCACGAUAACUUUGGCUAUGAGACUCAGGCAGGAGACGCCAUGCGUGGGGCGUUCGACUGGGAGAUGUUCUACAAACGCAUCCCUAUUCCUCCUGAGCUGCAGAACAGCGACCUGAGUGAACCGUUUGAAUCCCCAGUGAUGGCUGGUGGUCUGUUUGCUGUAGACAGGAAGUGGUUUUGGGAAUUGGGUGGAUAUGAUACUGGACUGGAGAUCUGGGGAGGAGAACAGUAUGAGAUUUCUUUUAAGGUGUGGAUGUGUGGAGGUCGUAUGGAGGACAUUCCAUGUUCUCGGGUCGGACAUAUUUACAGGAAGUACGUUCCCUACAAAGUGCCUGGAGGAGUAAGUUUACCUAGGAACCUGAAGCGAGUGGCAGAGGUGUGGAUGGAUGAGUAUGCAGAGUUUAUUUAUCAGCGGCGGCCGGACUAUCGCCCCCUAUCUGUAGGGGAUGUGAGCGCACAGAGGGAGCUCCGCCUCCGACUUGGCUGUAAGAGCUUCCACUGGUUCAUGACUGAAGUGGCAUGGGACCUACAGCGCUAUUACCCUGCUGUGGAGCCCCCUGCUGCUGCCUGGGGGGAGCUGCGUAACGUGGGCAGUGGCCUGUGUAUGGAGAGUAAACACUUGUCCGGUUCUCCUCUCAGACUGGAGCCGUGUGUAAAAGGUGGAGGGAAUGCAUUGUGGAAUCGUGCACAGGUGUUUACCUUUGGGUGGAGGGAGGAUAUUAGGGUUGGAGAUCCACUACACACAAAGAAAGUGUGUUUAGAUGCCGUUUCACACAGCAGCCCUGUCACACUGUACGACUGUCAUGGCAUGAAGGGUAACCAGUUGUGGAGAUACAGAAAGGACAAUACCCUGUUCCACCCAGUCAGUAACAGCUGUGUGGAUAGCGACUCGUCAGAUAAACGGAUUUUUAUGAACUCGUGUGAUCCAAAGUCUCUGAGUCAGCAGUGGAGAUUUGAGAACGUUAACACGACAGUUCUCGAGCAGUUCAACAGGAACCUGCCUGCACUGUGAGAACCUCACCUUCAGAACAUCUUCAGUUUACUGGCUGCUUUUCUGCACAUGGAUGUGUUUCAGAUUCCGAACAGAGGAACAUAAACUAAAGGAGAUAUUUGAGAACAUCUGGAUCUUAGAGGAGCGAUGUGUUAGUCAGAGGAAACACACUCGUGUGUUGACUUUUGUCCUUCCAGAGGUGUUUGAGACGAUGUUGAUGCUGUUAAACUUGCAGCUGAACCCAGUGCCUUGGUGUGAGUGAACUCUGGUGUUGCUGAUUACAGAACUGCUUUACAGGAUGUGUAGCACUGAGUGACGACGGUAGGCUGAGUGUGUGUAAGAUCACGACUCACUGAAACAGCUCUGACAGUAGUGAGAUAUUCCUGUUGGUUGCAUUAGAGGAACUCUCACUGUGUGGAAGAAAUGAUGAUGAUGAUGAUGGAUUUAUUAAGAUACAAUGAUCACAUGGAGAAAGUGUUAAACCUGCGUAUGAUAUUAACAGUGACAUCACGGCCCAUGACACAAGUUUAUUUAUAUCCAGUCAGUUCAGUUAGAAACAUGUUCCUCAGCUGUCAUCAAUCUGUCCAUCGUCUUCUUCACACAUCAAUGAGAUGAUGAUGAUGUCAUAUGAUACCCACUGCUCCAGUCGGAAAAAUCCCCCAGGGGUGCAGACAUGCUCACUACCUAGGCACCCUAAUCCUCCACCCUAAUCCUCCACCCUAAUCCUAAACGGAAAAUGGCCUAAUAGAUUGGUGUGUGUGUGCGUGCGCACGCAUGUGUGUGUGUGUGUGCGCGCUUGUGCGUUUGUGUGUAUGUGUGUGCGCGUGUGUGUGUGUGUGCGUGCAGCAGUCCAGCAGUCUGACAUAUUUGCACUUUUCUGCAUGUUUUUUCUUUACUUCUGUCUGUUAUUAACAAUUUAUUACACCAUGUUUCUUCUUUAUUAAUGACUUCACUGGAUUCUGUUCUGUUUAAAUCUGUCACAAACAUAUCUGUCAUUUUAAAUUCUUAUUUUGGAAUCAAAUUUAAAUGUAUCGUAUAAAUUAUUGUUUAAUCCUGGACCUGAAUUUGGGUUUGUCCCAAAAGCUGGAAUUCCUGUGUAGUUAGUGCACUCACUCUGUACCCAUGUUAGGGUCAGGGUUAGUGUCAGGGUCAGGGUUAGGGUCAGUGUUAGGGUCAGUGUUAGGGUUUGAGUUGGGGUUAGAGU